GGGGAAAGAAGAUCCCUACUUUCACAGGCCUACACAGCGUUCUGCGGGCCAAGACUUCUGUCUCUUUAAGAGCGUGAUGGGUGCGGUGGCGGCAGAGCUGGGUAAGACAGGGCUCUACCCUUGCCCCGCCCCGCGCCACGCUGCGUGUGCCGAGGAAGAGGAGGAGGCAGAGCGGACAAAGCUGAAGAUUUCCCCACCCCGCUCAGGGCCCCCCGCCCCCCUACCUAGCCUCGUCCCGUCCUGCCAGAAGCCGAGUUGGCGCAGACCACCCCGGCUGCGCCUCUCCUUCCGUAACUGGGCCUGCCGCCGCCGGAUGAAUGGCCACCGUGGAUGACCUAAAAUUUGCAGAAUUUGGCGAUUCAGCCAACCUGCUGCCAGUGCCUGGCGAUGACACCACGGUGACCAUCGAGGAUCCCGGCCAGAAGCCGCCAGCCUCAAGAGGCCUCCCAAGAGGUGCUGGGAGGGAGGAGGAUGAAGAACUCCUGGGCAACAGCGACUCUGAUAAAACAGAGCUCCUGGCAGGACAGAAGAAAAGCUCCCCGUUCUGGACAUUUGAAUACUACCAGACAUUCUUCGAUGUGGACACCUACCAGGUCUUCGACAGGAUAAAAGGCUCCAUGUUGCCCAUCCCUGGGCGGAACUUCGUCAGGCUGUAUAUCCGGAGCAAUCCAGAUCUCUACGGGCCCUUCUGGAUCUGCGCCACCCUCGUCUUUGCCAUCGCCAUCAGCGGGAACUUCUCCAACUUCCUCAUCCACCUGGGCGACAAGACUUUCCAUUAUGUGCCCGAGUUCCGGAAAGUGUCCAUCGCGGCCACAGCCAUCUACGCCUACGCCUGGCUGGUCCCUCUCGGGCUCUGGGGCUUCCUCCUGUGGAGAAACAGCAAAGUGAUGAGCAUCGUCUCCUACUCGUUCCUGGAGAUCGUGUGUGUCUAUGGCUACUCGCUCUUCGUCUACAUCCCCACGGCGAUCCUGUGGAUCAUCCCCCAGAAGGCCGUGCGCUGGGUGCUGGUCAUGGUCGCCCUCGGCCUCUCGGGCUCGGUCCUGGUGAUGACGUUCUGGCCGGCGGUCCGGGACGAUAACCGGAGGGUUGCCGUUGCCACCAUUGUGACCAUCGUCCUGCUGCACACGCUGCUGUCUGUGGGCUGCUUGGCCUACUUCUUUGAUGCCCCGGAGCUAGAUUAUGCUCCCACCCUGAGCCCGGCUCCUCCUCUGAAGCAGGCAACCACCAUGGUCAAGGCCAUUUGAAGAGGCUCCCGGCCGGGCGAUGAGGACCGUAAGUGUCAGAGAGCCCAGACAGCUUGUGGUCCACUAGGAACCUGGCAUCCCUCGGCCCGUCUCCAGCCCUCUUAUUUCUUCAGGAAGGAAUGACUGGGACGUGGAGCUGCUGCUGAUUGGGGCUGGGGAGCUGAAGGGUUCAGUUCUGGUCUUGGGGGACUCGGGUUCUAGUGUGGGGCCACUCCCUUGGCCGAGGUCCUAGCUCUCAGGAAGGGAGGGAUGGAGCAUUUAUGGAGCAUCGCCUGCAUGCGGGCCGAGAGCUUUCCUGAUACGGGCACCAUGGGGUUGCCGGACAGAGUCCUCCCUUCACACCAUCUCUUCCAUCCUCUUCCUUCUCUGUCCUCCUGCGGUGCAGCUGCUCAAGGGCCCCAGAGGGCCGAGGAGGGGUUCCCGGAGCCCCAGUCCAGGCCACUCCCUCAUCUGCUUCAGAGGCCCCUGAGCAAACCCCAGGAUAAAAUUAAGCUCCCUUUUGGCCCUUAGAGUCCCUCACAACUUGGCUCCGGCCAUCCCUGCUUCUUUCUUUGGACCUUCUCUGGGCGAGUCACUCUAUUUCCUGCCUCUGUGCCUUUGCCCAGGCUGUCCCUCCUCGCCCUAGCCACUAGAUAGUUCCUGCAGAGAUCUGAGCUGUUCCUGGGCUGCUUCUGACAUUCGUGAGUCCUCUGACCGCGGUCCAUGCUUGGCCUCUCUGAGCCUCCGUUUCGUCCUCUUUAAAAAGAAGUAUAGAAGGUAGUUGUGAAGACCAAAGAAAACGUGGGUCCAGAAGCCCAAAGCGGGCCCCAAAGGUGGAGGGGCCCGGCGGAGAAGCCCCCCCCCCGCUCCUCCACAAGGGGUUGGGGGGACCAGUACCGGCACGUUUUUCUCAGCACGACGACCCAUCGAUUUGCUGGUUCUCUCCUCCUUUUUUCCCCUGUACGUGACAUAGUUGUUUGGGGGGCUUCAAGAGGAAGCUUAGGCGGGUAAAGACAGAGGUUAAUAAGGUGUUGUUGGCUUUAAA